AUGGAAAUUAAUGCUUCCAACUUCCGUAAUUGGCUUGACAAAGAACUUCAAGAUGUUUUAGCCGUGCGACUUGGUAAAAUGAGACUCUCGACGAGGGGAGAAAUUAAGUCCGGUGUGGAUACCGCCGGAACUAAAUUAACAUCUCAUUUUGUACCUAAUAAAACUACCAUAAAGAAACCUACUUUUGGAAAUCUUUUGGUAGCUGAUAAUGUUUCAGUUAAAUGUCCAAUUUGUCUGAAAAUUGGUCAUUUAGCUGAUACUUGUAGAACCUUUCUUAGAGAAGCUGUUAAGUCAAGGAUACGUCUUGUUCGUGACAAGAAACUUUGUUAUCGUUGUCUUAAAGUUGGCCAUAUAGCUUCGGGUUGUCCCGAUCCUAAGAAAUGCUCAUGUGGUAAAGACCAUCAUUUCAGGUUGCAUCGCGAUGUGGAAGGGAAAGUCCUAAACGUGCAAGCGUUUAUUACCACUGAAAUAGAAGUAUUUGAAACUGACGGAGAAGGUUCUGCUUCAGAAUCUGAAGAUUCCGAAGAAAAUGCUAGUCAAGUUGAGGAAACUCAACAAGACUGA